AUGGCUGCAUCUAGCGCCGCGUCAUCAAUUUCGGUGACGGUCAGAGUGCGCCCCUUUACUAUCCGAGAAGCUGCUCAACUCUCUAAAUCCGACGAGACGCCGCUUUUCCUGGGUGACGGUUCGCUGGCUGGCGUCCCCAGCACCCCGAAACUUGCUCAAAAGGGGAUUCGGCCAGUAAUCAAAGUCGUUGACGACAAAUGCCUCGUUUUUGAUCCGCCCGAAGAUAAUCCCGUUCAGAAAUUCUCUCGCAGCGUCGUACCCAACGGCAAGCGAGUCAAAGACCAGACAUUUGCCUUUGACCGGAUCUUUGACGAGAAUACUACGCAAGCCGAAGUCUACGAGGCUACAACACGAGGUCUUCUCGACAGCGUUCUAGAUGGGUACAAUGCAACAGUCUUUGCGUACGGUGCUACGGGAUGCGGUAAAACACAUACCAUCACCGGCACAGCUCAACAACCCGGUAUCAUAUUCUUGACCAUGCAAGAACUUUUUGAGAGAAUCGAAGAACGAAAGGAGGAGAAAGUGACGGAAAUUUCGCUUUCGUACCUUGAAAUCUACAACGAAACUAUCCGAGACUUGCUGGUUACCGGAGAGCGAAAGGGUCUGAUGCUACGCGAAGAUGCUAAUCAAGCAGUUUCGGUAGCUGGACUAUCGAGUCAUCACCCGCAGAAUGUCCAGCAGGUCAUGGACAUGAUUAUGCGCGGUAACGAGUGUCGUACCAUGUCACCCACAGAAGCCAACGCCACUUCAUCUCGGUCCCAUGCCGUUCUUCAAAUCAACAUCGCACAGAAAGAUCGCAACGCAGACGUGAAGGAACCGCUGACCAUGGCCACUUUGAGUAUCAUUGAUCUUGCCGGAAGUGAACGUGCAAGCGCGACAAGGAACCGAGGUGAGCGGCUUCAGGAGGGAGCAAACAUCAAUAAGUCUUUGCUUGCUCUGGGAAGCUGUAUCAAUGCGCUCUGUGACCCUCGGAAACGGAAUCAUAUCCCUUAUCGAAACUCAAAGUUGACCCGUCUGUUGAAAUUCUCCCUUGGGGGAAACUGCAAGACGGUAAUGAUUGUCUGCGUCAGUCCUUCAAGCCAGCACUUCGACGAAACUCAGAAUACUCUCCGAUACGCAAACCGAGCCAAGAAUAUCCAGACGAAGGUGACGAGGAAUGUGUACAAUGUCAAUCGCCAUGUGAAAGACUUCUUGGUCAAGAUCGAUGAACAGAUGGCUCUUAUCAACGAGCUCAAGGCCCAGCAAAAGCAGUAUGAAUCAAUUGCUUUCACCAAAUUCCGAAAACAAACCGAAAAGAAGGAAGCUGUGGUCCGCGAAAGCGUGGCUCGCUUACGGAAUGCUUACGAGAACGCCGCAGCAGAGCGACAAGAAAAAGCAACAAGCAUGCUCAAGUUGAGACAGGUUAGCCGAAGAAUUGCUAUGCUAUCUUCUUGGAUUGCUGCCUUUGAGGAAGUUUGCGCGUCGUGCGAGAGCGAAACGCCUAUGGAAAACUUGCAAGCCAUUCGCAAAUCGGCACAGGGUAUCCUCUUCGAAUUGGAAAAUACUCGUCAUCAUUUCAACCAACGAAUCUCAAAGAACAACUGGGAUAGACCUAUCAACACAGCACUCGAGCAUGGUAUCCAACAACUCAAGGAAUUCGAUAUCAGUGAUAACUCGGAUAUCGCCAACCUUACACGUGAGGCGGAGUUGCUCAGGGCGAAUGCGGAACGCGAAAUGCUGUCUCUAGUCGCUGAACAAGACAAAGCUGGCGAUGUGUCGACCGUACAGAUGCUCCUUCAGGCACAAUUCGAAAUAGUAUCUUCGAUUGAAAACAUCAUGCAGCUCACGGAGGCAGAAGCUGUCGAAGCUGGCAAGAAGAUACUUCACAAGAUGCUGACUUCUUGUGUUGCCUCUGUCUCAAAUGUCGUCAAACCAGACGGCAAGAUGCCUACCAUUGAGAUGCCUCCUACGCCCAAGGCUGACACUUCGUUCCGCCGUAGGAAGUCUAGUCUUGUCGCAAUUGCCCCCAAGACUCUGCGGCCAGUCACAACUAUUCCUCCACAUGUUCCUACUUCUCCAGUGAAGAACACGCCGCGGCGACGCAAGCUUGGGAUUGCAAAAAAGGGAGUUAGCUUCACCCCUGUGAAGCCGCCGGUUUCCAAGACCAGCAGCAAAAGAGCCGUGAGAUGGAAGGAUGACGAGGAAGACGGAUCACUUGCCGAAUUCGAGAAGACGCCUCAGAAGGCCAAUACAAGCGUGGUUGAAUCCUCCGAUGAGCCGACCCUCCCCAGAAUCUCCCCAAUCCCCAGAGACAUUGCAGUCUAUGGUUCCAAGCCUGAUGAGUCGCUUCGUUCUUCGUCUCCAAUUCAACCAGCACCAGAGCUGGUAAUACCCAACAAAAAUAAUCGCUUCAAGACUGGAUUUCUGUCAAAAAAGCCCGAUUCGCCAGUGCCUCCCACGAUGACCAGCCUUUCAUCAGACGAGCAUUCGCCUCUCCGCAGCAUUGAGAACAGCAGCUUUUUGAACAGGCCAACUGUGGAGAGACCGUCUCGUAUCGCCGUGCGAUCACCUAGUGGGAGUUACCUCAGCAGCAGCCCUUCCUCUGACAAUGGGAAAAACUCGUGGAAAGCCGACAAAGAGGAUGCGAUGAGAAUCAAUGCUGCAAUGCGUCGUAUUUCCGGAAGUCAGUUCAGUGGCAGCACAUCAAGCGUUCCGGUAAGCAGGGCACAUCGACGCCGAAGCCCUACCGCAACAGGGAAUAUUGGUAGCUCACCACCGGAAAGCGCAUUGUUCUCUGCUUCUGAGGCUAGACGCAUGGUCAAGAGCGAAAAGAGUCACGACUUUAGGCCCAGUGUCCUCGGACCACGUGCUGUUUCAGUCACCAAAAAUUCUCGACGGAUUACCAUGGGCGGUGACUUGCGACCUCGCGAAGUCAGUCUUGGAAGUCGUGAUGCCGUUAGAUUGAGCAUGGCACCCACGAGCACAAGCCCGGAGUCACGCUUUAGUCUUGGUCCGGCCAUUCGAGGAGGAGCUUUGAGGUGAAUGGAGGAGGACGAUAUUGUAUAGUUUUUAUGUCUCCAUGGGUCUUGUUCAACCCUAUAGAUCCAUGAAUGUUUUGGAUGACGGCGUUUGUGUUUGAAGGCGUAUAGCGGGAUAUGGUCUCGGCGUAUACUCGUUUGGUUUUCUUUCCUUUUACUUUCUCCUUUGUGUUUAUACUGUUUGUUCUCUUAUUGUUUGUGU